AUGUCUGUGAAACAAGAUUCAUUAUUCUGUACAUUACCAGUUGAACUUAUUUAUCAUAUUUUUCGUUAUCUCGAUGCACAAACAAUUGUUCGAUCAAUUCGUAUUGUUUGUAAACGAUUCUAUACCAUUGUGAAUGUAUAUGACAAAUUUAAUUUCAACUUUGAUUCAAUUGUAAAAUCUGAUUUUCAUUAUCUUUGUAAUCUUAUUUUACCUAGAAAUGUUAAAUCAUUGACAUUAUCUAAUAGCAAUGAAACACCAGGUCAAAUUGAAUAUUUUCUCUCGCGUUUUCGUAUCAAACAAUUUAUUCAACUUAAUUCAUUGAAUCUAUUUCAAAUUGAUGAUUGUCAAUUGGGUAUUAUUUUAAAAGAUAUUCAAAAGUUGCAACUCACUUCAUUAUCUAUUAAUUCAAAACAAGAUUAUUCAGACAACAAUACAAUUUCAGAUGAUUUAUCAUCAGCCAUUUCUUUACCUAGUCUGCAGAAACUUACUUUGAAUAUUCCAAGUUGUGAUAUAUCUAAAAUAGUAUGGCCUAUUGGAUGUACAAUACAACAUCUGUAUAUAUAUUGUCGUACUAUUGAUGAAUAUUGUAAUAUUCUUUAUACUUUACCUAAUCUACGAACAUUAGUAGUAGAAGGAUUAAACAUGGAUGAUACUUCUGGAAUAAUACCUAAUCUUCCUAAUUUAACAGCAGUUUGCCAGCUAUUUUCGUUAACAUUCAAAUAUUGUACGCUUGAUACAGCAAUGCUUGAAUUUUUACUCUCAUUUACACCUACACUUGAACAUUUUCAUCUGAUUCAAUCCAUUGAUUUAGAUGUUUUUAUAUCCUAUUUACCACAAUGGCAAACGUUUAUUGAAACAAAACUUCUGUUGUUGAAUAAAUUCAAUUUUUUCCUCGUGCGACAUGCUCAACUUAUUACUAUUCCUGUUGAUACCGAACAACUUAUGACUCCAUUUCGAACAACAUUCUGGACUGAAACUAAACAAUGGUUUGUUAUAUGUGAUUAUAUAAUGAGUUCAAAUAUUCUUAUUCUCUAUUCAUCAUCAUUUUUCGAUCCUCAAUUUGAAUUUAUCUUUGAAUCAAAACAAAUUUCACGUUCAACUUCAACUUCAACAAUCAAUAACACUAUAAUAAUGGAUGAAGUGCAGAAAUUGCGUUUGGAUUUAACUAAAAUGAUGAUUUCAGCUACAUCACCACAGGGUGGUUUACCAAAUAAAACAAUAUUCCCUAACCUUGAUCAAUUAACAUUAUGUCUUACUGACUCUUGGCCACUCUGUUCACUUCGAGCUCUUUCAACUCUUAUUAAUCUAUCGCAUUUGACCAAAGUUUCGUUAGAAUUUCUUGACUCCUUCGAUUAUUAUUCGGAAUCAAUGACAAAUAUUGGUUCGUUAUUGAAAUUAGCACACAACAUCCAUUCACUUACAAUAUCAAUUUCUAGUCUUUAUAAAAGCAUAACCGAUGAUAAUAUGGAAAUAUGUUCCAUAAUUCCUGAUCAUAAUUCAUUUGUUGUAACACAUGCGAUCGAGAAUGAAACAGAACUUUAA